UUUAUGGACGUAUUUAGUAAUAAAGUCUUUUAGUUUCAGGUCCGGAAGCUGUGGUUGAUGGCGUUGCUGAGGAGUGCAUGAUGGAUUUCCCCUUGUCGGAGGAGGAGGAUGUAUUCAUUUUAUCCGAUGAUGAAGAUGAGGAUGAAAUAAUCGAAUACAUCGAGAACGAGAGCGAAGAGGAUGAUAAAGAUGAAGAAGAUCAUCUACUGAAUGAGGAAAAUAAUAGUUCAGCUCAACAUCCGAUGGCCAAGCGGUUGAGAGUUUGGGCUUUAUCUCAUAAGAUACCUCAUUUAGUAUUGAAUGAUCUUCUUCGCUUGGUUCGCGAAACAACGGACAUUCCUCUUCCUCUAGAUUCUAGAACGCUCCUUAAGACACCGGUUGCUGUGGGCAAGGAAAUACACGCGGUAGCUGGCGGUGAAAUGUGGUAUCAUGGCAUUGCGAAAUGUAUGCAAAGUUGUUUUCGGAAGCCGACUCCUUCGGUCAACGAAAUAUUAAUAAACAUAUUCGUAGAUGGGCUACCGUUAUUUAAGAGCGGGCCAAAACAGCUAUGGCCCAUAUUGGUGAAGCUUGUAAACGUCCCAGAAGCUCCCAUAUUGGUGGUUGGCGUGUUUUGUGGCUUAUCCAAACCGGAAAAUGUCGAGGACUACUUGCGCCCACUCGUUGAUGAAUUGAAUCGCCUACACGAUGACGGAAUUGUUAUCAACAACAAAAAAAUAAAAAUCACCCUUAAAGCUUUCCUGGCAGAUUCUCCAGCACGAGCAUUCAUCAAAGGUGUAACAUACUUCAACGGCGCUUGCGGUUGCAUAAAGUGCAAAAUCGUAGGAAAAUUUGACAAGAGCGCACGGAAGAUGAUAUUUGAAGGCGUUGCUGAGGAGAGGAUCGACGAUGAUUUUCGCGAUGGAAACUACCCAAUAAGACACCAGAAGCACCAUACUCCGUUAUUAGACUUAAAAUAAUUUAAUAUAGUAGUUCAGAUGUCAAUUGCAGACGAUUUACACUUGUUUCAUCUAGGGGCAUUGAAAAAAUUGCUUAAAGGUUAUAAAGGAGAUUAUAAAGGGUUUUCAGCAUGGUCAGCAGCAGAGCAGGAAGAGAUAAACAAGAUUUUAGCUAGAAUAGAAUUGCCAGCAGAGAUACAUCGAGGUGUUAGGUCUUUAAAAUAUGUGGAUUAUUGGAAGGGGACAGAUUUCCGGUCUUUUUUAAAUCAUAUAAGUAUCCCUUUGUUCUUAGGAAGAAUCCACGAUUCAGCGUACGAUCAUUUUAAACUUAUUUAUGUAGCUCAUACUUUCCUUUCGCAUUCUUUCUUCAAACAAUAUUGGACAUACGCUGGUCAAUUAUUAGAAAAAUUUGUUUUAGACUACAGCUCAAUAUACACCAAAUAUAAUUUAACUAGUAAUGUCCAUAACCUUUUACACGUCACAAAAGACGUUCAAAAUUUAGGUCCCCUUCCAGAAAUUUCAACAUAUGAUUGUGAGAAUACGCUGCAGUUUAUGAAAAGGCUAGCAAGACCAGGACCGAGAAUAUUAAAUCAAAUAGUUUGCAGGCUUGCUGAGCUUAGGGAAACACAAGUAGCAGUUAGAAAGGAGGAAAAACAGUAUCCCAUUUUCAAAUUCAGAGGAGAGGAAGUAAUUUUAUUCGUUAAGGAAGGUUUAAUGCUAAGGAAAGGUAAAAGGAAUGGAUGGUUUUUGACGAAGGAUAGG